CAGAAGAGGAAAAUAAUGCGAAUGAAAUAUUACAUCACUCUUCAUCUCUUGAAGAACUUAUGGGUGGCGAUUUAAGAAGAAGAAAUAGAAAACAUAAGAAAACAGAUAGAAAUAGAUUGACUAAAUAUGGCACAUCGAGUGGUACAUCUAGUGCCAGUAGCGCCAGUGAAUCGAUGUCAUCCGAAUCGUCUGACUUCGAGAAGAACCCCGGUAAUCCUUUCACGAUACACAAGGAGAAGUAUAAGCAAAAUUGGCUAUGGAAUCAUAAAAUGGACGGUGAUCAUAUGAAUGUAAAUCCUUUUGCGCCUGAAUUUAACAGUGUUGGUCCUUCUGGAGCGGAUUUAUUCUUUAACAGAAAAUGGUGGUAUUAUAAUCAGGACGACUAUAAACCAAUGAGAUAACAACAAGUGGUAUUGAAUAAAUAAUAUUUUUA